AAGCAAUCUCUUGGCACAGUAGCUCGCUUGAUCACCAGUAGAAAUCAGCCAGGCGAUUACACACAUCGAUAGUGGCGAGUCGGACAUUGGUAGCAUUGAGGGCCGGCAUGACUAAUUGUCUCCUAGUGCCGCUGUUAGCUAGAGCAAUGCCCAGGGCCGUGGAUGCAAGUGCCCGCUCUCUCCUCCUUUGCUUUACUCUCCAGUGGUCUUUUUCCGCAACCCAUUUAUAUCGCUAAACGAUGCUGCCAAUACCGCUCAACUUCAACGCGUGGCUCGACGAGAACAUGCACAGGCUACAGCCGCCUGUGUGCAACUACGUGUUCCAAGAGGGCAAGGACACCAUGGUGAUGGUGGUUGGCGGCCCGAACUCGCGCACGGACUUCCACAUCAAUCCUACCGAGGAAUGGUUCUUCCAGAUCAAGGGCCGGAUGCUGCUGCGCAUGGCGGAUCCCGGGACACACCAGAUCACAGACCAGUACAUCGAGGAGGGUGGCAUGGUUCUGGUGCCGGCCAACACGCCGCACAGCCCCAACCGGUUCGCCGACACGGUGGGCUUGGUCAUCGAGCGCAAGCGGCCCGGGCAGCAGGAGGCAUUGCGCUGGUACUGCGAGCAGUGCAAUGCUGUGGUGCACGAAAAGUGGUUUAUCUGCAAUGACCUCAACACCGACCUGGUCCCCAUCAUCAAUGCAUACAAGGCCAGUGACGAGCUGCGUACGUGUGGCCAAUGCGGCCACCUCAACCCCAUCGCGUACACGCCCAAGGAGGACUCGGCCUAGGCAGCGUGUUUCUUUGGCCUGGUGUCGAGAGGGCUCCAGCUUUAUGUUUCUUGUCUUUAAUGCAUUAAGCUCAUUAGCCGUGGCUGGCCCUGGCACUCUCCAAUCAGCCAGGCAAAUAAAGCCAGAUAGCGUACAGGGUGUGUCGUACAUCGAUAUCAACAUAGGCAACGGAUGGGAGUGCUUAAUCAAGCA